CGGGACUGUGGGUUGUGUUAGAGAAAGCGGGAUUGUUGGCAGAAAGCGGGAUUGUUGGCAGAAAGCGGAAUUGUUGGCAGAAAGCACCUACGUUGAUUCGGGAAAAAAAGGGCGGCAGCUAGUGUGUCUGGAUAUUCGCUUCCUACACAUUUUACCUUUUGCAGCCCUUGCAGGGUAACGAUGGUAAAGGAAAGAUGCCCAAAGCAGGCGUUCCAAGACAGCCUGGAAGACAUAAAAGAGCGCAUGAAAGAGAAACGAAUAAAGAAGCUGGCUAAGGUGGCCACUGUGAAUAAGACAUUGUGCACCAAAGUCCAGAUUCUCAACAGUGGUUCAACAGCGAUCAAGAACUAUAAAGCUAAUAACACAGCUCUUGCUCUGGCUCUAGAAGCAGAGAAAUUAAAGACCAGGCAAGCGCAGGAUCUUAUACUCGGUUUAAAGAGAGAACACCAGAGGUUGAUAUUUGAAAUAUUUAUGUUACGGCGCAGGCUGCAGUCACAGCAAGGAAGAGAUACUGCCGAGUCUAAGCUGGCUUCCUUAAAAGACAUAAUUGCCAAAGUUACGCACAAUUUGUUAGAAACGGCAAGCCUCCUUGAACCUGCACACUUGCUAUGUUCCAGUGCAAAUAACAACACGCCAAAUCCAUCAAAAGUAGAAGAAAAACUCUCUUCUGGGGCAUCUGCCAUUUUGAGAUUGCCAAGCCAUGCUCCUAUUUCAGACACAUUACCCAAAAAUGUGAUACCAAACCGUUUAGAACCUGAGCAAAGGAAUUUCAAAGACAAAGUGGUUUUGGAAGCCAACAGAAACACAGCUGGUGUGAAUCGGCAAUCCAGAGGAAGGAGGUCCCAUUCAAAUCAACCUAGUUUUACAUCCAGGCUGGAGGAAUGUAACAAUGAGGACAAAACCGAAAGUGGAGCUACUAUGAAUAAAAACGUAUCAUUAAGACGACGUGCCUCUAGCUUAAACAUAUGCCUGGAGGAAAGUCUCCCUCUGGAAGAUACUAAUGUCAAUUCAGAGCACACUGUUGUUGAAACAGAGAGACCUUUUCCUACAGAGGAAUUCUCUAAUGAAAGUAGGACAGACCGAGAAAUAGACAAUGUUGAUAAUCCCGCAAGUCCUCUAAAGGUGAAGUGUUUUCCACAUGCAAAUGGAUCUAAAAUGACAGGUUUAGCUUCAGAGGCAAAGCAAACCUCAAACAAAAAUAAAGAGGAGCCUCGAGUUGGGAGGGAGAGAGUUAAAAAAGGCAAGGCCGAAAGAGUGGCUGUUUCUCAAAUGAAAAAGCCAUGGGAAAAUUCAAAACCUAGAGCACGAUCGAAGAGCAGAGAUAGAAGUGCUUCCAAGAAAAGUGUCGCUAAAGAAAAGAUGAAUUCUUCCCUGAAUUCUGGAGAUGCCUUUGACUUUGCCUGUGAAGAAAGUAUACAUGUCACCCCAUUCCGGCAAAAUAAGCAGGAAGAAAGUCAGAAUGAAAGCAGCUUGGAAAUAAGUAGCAGUGAAGGGGAACUGGAUGACAGUUUGUACAAACCUUAUAAGGACAAGUCAAAAAACAAAAAUCUCAAGCCUGAUAUUGCGCCUGUUCCCUUAAGGUCAAGAUCCAAACGAAAUACAGCCAGGAAGAAUUCAAUCGCAGAAAAUGAGCUUAUGUCUGAUGUACAGGCAGAAGCCAAUGAAAAGAAAAUUACAAGAAACGGCUUGAAAAGGAAAUCGGAAAAUUCUUUCACAGAGUCUGCGGAGACAUACAGAGAAAAAUCGUUUAUGCCGACAUGUAUAAAUACAAACAAUGCAAUUGCAGAGAACCCGGAGGUCAAGGUUUUCUCAGAUGAAUGUAACGGUGGCAUAAUCUAUACAGCAGAUGAACCCAGCGGUGCCUCCACUCCGCGUAUCAGCCUGUCCGAUGUUACAAAUUUGCCUGGGAAUACAGAUGCUAAAAAGCACAUCAAUCUGCUUUUUAAUGAGGAUGAAAUGAAGAGAUCCAGUACCCCAAGCCGCAAACGUCGAUGCAAAGUCAGCAUUAAUUAUGCAGAGCCAAAACUCAGUGGGAAACUCAGAAGAGGAGAUCCUUUCACCGAUUCCGAAUUUUUGCAAUCUCCUAUUUUUAAGAAUGAAUCGAAACGCAACUCCUUGAACAGACAGUCUCUUUCUAGAUACAAUGAAGUAUUUGUUGGCUGCCGCAGAUGAGUAAAAGUCUGUUUGUGUGACCCAAACUUGUGGCGUGAUACACUUGUUCAUUGGUGAAAAGACUAUCUUAUUAUCUCAUGGUUGCUAUAGGUUUUUAUUCUGAUCAUGAUAUGGUAUAGAGCUUUGGAAAUCAAGGUAUUGACAAGUAUAUGUACAUAUAAGGGGGCAUUUAUUAAAGAUCCAGGGAGAUCUCAAACAGGUGGAUAGAGUCUUAAUGGACCAGUAACGCAAACAUUUUUAUGUAAAAAAAAUCCCUUCUACCCACCUCCAAUAACACAUCUGGCCUUGACAGGGUUAACAAUCUAAUUUUUUCCACCCAAAUAAUGACACAAAAUCCCUCUUCCAGUUGUACUGCUGUCUCUGAAAAAGGCGAUAGGGCGAUGAGCACUUGAACCAGAUCUUACGUGCGCACCACCGUCUUCUGUUCGCCGGCUAUUUCGCUAUUUCUCUGCAAGCAGUAAGGAAGUGGAUGCAUUCUGCAGUCCUUGGAAGAUUUAUGGCUGGUCUGGCUGCUGCCCUUACUGCUGGUUAGUUUCUCUGGCUUCACUGAGUCUGUACUGUUCUCCCUCCAUGCAUUCCUGACAGUUUGGGUUUGGAGAGUGUGUGGGUUAGUUAUAUUUGCUCAGCAAGGCGGGAGAACUGUACAGGCUCCGUGAAGGCAGAGAAACUAACUUCAGCAGUAAGGGCAGCAGGCAGCCCAGCCAAAAAUCUUCCAAGGACAAACAAAGUCAGCGCAAAUGCACUCACUCCCUUACUGCUCGCAGAGAAAUAGCCGACUAUCAGUAGAUUGUGGUGCGCACGUAAGAGCCGGUUCAAGUGCUCAUCGCCCUAUCGCCUUUUUCAGAGACAGCAGUACAACAGGAAGAGGGAUUUUAGGUGGAAAAGAUUAAAGAUUGUUAUCCCUGUCAAGGCCAGGUGUGUUGUUGGAGGUGGCUAGAAGGGAUUUUUUACAUAAAAAUGUUCUGCGUUAUUGGUCCUUUAAAAGGCCCUUAUGUGUAAAUAGAGCCCAUUUCCUGCUUUUAGAACAACUUCAAAUCCUUGAAAGCCUGCGUGUUUAUUAGAAGCUCUUGGCAAAAAGUUAAAGGGAUCCAAAGGUGCCAAGGAAGAGAAUUUGGUGUUGCUAAGGUAUCUGGGAUUUUAUUAAUGCAUUUUAGUUAUAUCAGUCGAAACGUACUUGGUUAUCUGAGUAGGUUAUUUUUUUUUUUUGUCCUCUCCAUUUUAAUUCAGUGGUUUUGUUUUAUUCUUGUAAAUAUAUUCGCUGUAUCUAGAUUUUUUUUUUAUCUAGAAGUUCCUAUAAAUAAUGAUAGGCCAUUACAGUGUUUUUCGUGCUGAAGACACAUAAAAAAACAUUCUUGUGUAGCUUGUUGCUAAUAUCUUUAACUCUUUAAGUGCUGUCCUGCAGUCGGCACCGUGAUUUGUACAACAUACAAAAGGGCUUGUAAAUAUUUUCUUAAGUUUAAGAUGCAUAUUAUUAAAAUAUCUGAACUUGUAAAUUAUUUCAAUAAACUUUUUUUAUGGUCA